CUCGAAACCUAAAGCUUAGAGAACAUUGCUCUGUCUAAAUUCACGGAAUCAAUUGUGUAAAUUCAAAAUUUAUCUAGAUAUUGACGAGUGCGCAAUGGAGGGCGGCGAGCUAGGGCACCACUGCCACUCGAACACAGUGUGCGUCAACACAGUAGGGUCGUACCGAUGCGACUGUCCUGAAGGAUAUGAACAGGUGGACAAAUUUGGGUGUGCAGAAGUGGAUGAAUGCGCAGUGGGAAGGCACCGCUGUCACGAAAAUGCCGAAUGUACCAACACGGAUGGGUCGUACCGAUGCAGGUGUAGACAUGGAUACACUGGCGACGGGUACGACUGCCAGCCUGUGUGUCCAGGUGGCUGCCUGAACGGUGGCGUGUGUCGUGCACCAGGCAUGUGCGCAUGCGCGGCCGGCUACACUGGCGCUUCCUGUGAGCGCGACCUUGACGAGUGCGCUACCAACGCGCAUCGGUGCGCUAACACCUCCGUCUGCGUCAACAUGGUCGGCUGGUACUACUGUAGCUGCAAGCGGGGCUUCACCAGCCCGCCCCUAGACAAUAACCUUGGUGCUAAGUGUGUAGAUAUAAACGAAUGCGAGAUGAACCUCCAUACAUGCCACCCCCCAGCGCAAUGCCUGAACACCCAGGGUGGAUUUCAGUGUGAAUGUCCCUCAAGUAACCCGCACUGCAAAUUAAGUUGUUUAUUCGAAGGCAAAGAAGUGGCCCACGGUUCUGCAUUGACAUCCAAGGACGACCCCUGUAAAACCUGCACGUGUGACAAGGGUAUCAUGCGAUGCGAGGAACCCAAGUGCGAUUGCAGUCUGUUCACAUCCACAACUGCGCCAACACCGCAGACCAAUAAUGGAGCUGGUGAUAUCGGUCCUACAGCAUCUUGCUGUCCGCAAUGCGACCCUCGACUGGCGUGUCGUCAUCAGGAACUGACUGGAGUAGUACUUGCACAUGGGGAACGCUGGCUGUACCAGUGUGAGACGUGCGAGUGUUUAUAUGGCGAGGUGGACUGUUUUGAAACGCGUUGCCCGCCCUUGCACAGCUGCGAACGCCCAGUCCGCAGUCCAGAAGAUUGCUGCCCACAUUGCGAAGACGCAUGCGCCUAUGCGAGAGCCAAUGGCAGCACGCCACGUGGUUGCGAGUUCGCCGCAGCUGUCUGUGCGAUGAGCGAAUGCCGCGAAGAAACGUAGUUGAAGGUCGAUCUCGAAAACGAAUAAGAGCAUACUACGUUUUUGCGAGCUUGUGGGCAUUGUCCGACAUAGAGAUGGAACGUCGAUGCAUCAUGCUGUAGCUGAUUUUAUAAUAUGUGUGGUGCUCUGAGGCAGAAUAAUCGACAGUAAACGCGAAACGGAAUGUGAAUGUAAAAGUUACGACACACGCAAUAAUUCAAGCUACUCACUAAGUUUGAGAGGAAUAUAUGUAGACUUAAGCUUAAGCUUGGUUUUAUCUAGUAGAACUGAUGACUUCGAAUGGUGUCGCUGAAUUUCAGAACAAAGAACUUCUUAUCUAACAUUAGAACACUUUUAUACAUGUUAGAUAUCGGGAUGAUCAGGUAUUCUACACUCAUUUACUGGAAUUCGUCAACAAUACAAGAGGUUCUCCACAGUAAGUCAUUACAUAAAUUUGUUUCCCUGUCGUUUUUAUGAACAUAACAGCAAAACAUUAUUCUGCCUCUUUUCAGUGCUGCAAAGUUUUGUAUGUAUAUCAUCACAGACCACCUAUGUUUGAUAUACUGAGGAGCUUUGAAAUUAAUAUUCAUAUGUUCUGCAAACAAAAAAAUGUGUCUAGGUAGGUACAAUGGCUGAUUUAAUUUACCCAAUUUUUCAAAUGUUGGCAUGCAUAUCUUGACAUAUACAUUCCUCUGACUCGCCUAAUAUCGAUAAUUUGAGGCAGAAAUUAUAAAAUUAUAAGAGCUUUUGUAAAAAAAUGGUUUAUAGAUAGGUGACUGAAUCUUUAUACAAAGUUAUGCAAGCAAUAAUAUAUUGUCUAUCUAAACGACGACGUCUUAGACUGGCCUAUAUUUAGUGUUCCGCGCAAUUUGUAGGCACUAGAAUGUGAAAUACAAAUAUCAAGUUGUGGGUUAGGAGUAUGUGCAAAAACCGACUUUUAAAAACAGGAUUUAUUGACCUUUUUUCUUCGUAGGUACGAUCUCUCUUCCAUUUGUUUUAGCAAUAUAAAAAUACUAGUGUUAAGUAAAUAUCGACACAUACGAAUAUACCUUUUACCGACAACAAAAUCAGUGACAAUAAAGUAUAUGCCUAACGAAUAUUGACAAAAGCGAGACGUAUCUUAUUGUGAAAUAUCGCAAAAGCUUUACACUUCAGCGUUAUCUGUAAAUGUCAUGACAUGUUGACAUCUAUAAACUUCCUUUUACGGCUUUACAGAGCACAUUAUCAUACUCUCAGAACUCAGUUAUCAUUAAGCAAUACUCCUAACGUCAUACUGAAUGCUGGAUUGCCGUGUUUUAGUAAUUGGAGUUUUAUAUUUACAAGUUUCAUUCCCAAUCUCUAAAGCUAUUAUUAGCCUAUAACAUAUAAACAGUAAUUGUUCACAUUUCUACAUAUGUUUAAUGUAUUAUAGUAAACUCUGUAAAUGUUACCUGUAAAUAUUUCACGUUAAACGAUAGGAAAAGAAAGAUUAGUGAUAUGUUGCAAUAUCAAACGUAAUAUAAAUCAAAAUCUGUGGAAGCUUUGAAAUACGCAUUUUGAUAUAUUCUGUAAUCUUGGAAAAUCUAAAUGUAUAUACUAAAGUUGUUUAUUGUUAAGCCAGCUUAAAAAACUAUAGUUAUGCAGGCAUAGUCAAAUAUACAAAAAGGUGUGUAGGAAAGUUUCAUGACAAUAAUAAAAUGGACUGACCUGUUUUUACUGAUAUUUAACAUACCUAGCCAAAUUCAAUAGAAAAUAGAAUUAGUACAACUGGCAGGCCCAGAGAUAGGGAACUGUCACUAAAAUUGGUAAUCUGAAAUGAAUCAAAGAACUGCAUCUACUUAAGUCAAGAAUAUUUAUCGAACGUUUGAAUGCUUUACUACAAGAAAAUAUACUGACUUUGAAAAAAGAGCACCCAGUAAUAAUGAAUUUCUUAAAACAAUUUUUUGUAUACCUACAUGUUUUUAGGGUUAAUUUCAGGAAAAUUCAACUGUUGAGAAAAUGUAAAAAACCAAUGAUAUGUUGGGCCUCCACGAUGUCGUAUGCACUUAUGUGAUCGAUUUUCUCUUGAGGUAUCUCAUCCCAGGAUUCGUAUACCUCGUGUUAAAGUGCUAAUCGAGUCUAUAGGGUAACUGCAGUAGUAUUCUUCCCAUAAUGUCCCAGGCAUGUUCAACGGAUGGCAGAUCGGGAGAUCUAGGGCCCAAGGCAACAAAUCGACUUUAUUUGUUUAUUGUCUUCAAAAUAGACCAACGCAAUGUGGUCGAGCAUUAUCUUGGAAAAGUGGCUUGGUUAGCGUCCCUAUAUAAAACAUGUGGUUCCCUCACAUCCUGGAUGUAACGCAUGGCGGUCAUGUUGCCUCUGAUCAACACCAGGGUGACCUGCUUCUAUAGUUAAUGACCACCGACACCAUAAUUCAAACUGUGGUGCGCAUGCAUUUUUUGUAGACAAUUGAGAAUCUCGUCAUUCACUUCGUCGUCUUUUUACCCUUGCACGUCCAUCAUGCAUCCCCAAAAAGAAUGUGGAUUCAUCACUAAAGAAAUUCGAGGUCUCAGUUUAGCCCUUCUCUCCACCAAACCAGUCGAUCACUUCGGUGCCUAGGAGUGAAAGGUGUAACAAAGGAUGAUAUGAAGUACGUCUAAAAGUGUUGAUCCGGCGAUAAACAAUUCACAUUGUAAUAGGUUUUUCAUGCUCUCUAAACGAUCCCGUAGAGCCAAGCGCCUCAGGCGGCGAUCUCGGUGUGCCACGUCCUGUACCUCUAACUCUUCGUGUAAAACCUUGUUGCCUAAUAACAAACCACCACAGUUUUUAGAGUUCUGUGUACCCAGAGACGUCUUCAGGGUGAGUUAGUAAAAAGUUUUGGUUGAAUGAAAAUAAUAUAAUAAUGUACAAAUACGUGCCUAAAAUAUCUGUCUGAUUACUCUCGCAAUGCUCGACUUGCCGGUGCACUGCCUUGGAGUUGCGUCGUAGUUACAUCAAGGGCUAGUUCAGCUUUUGCUUAGAAAUUUAGAGUUGAAGGUCUUGUGGCGGUACAUGGGUAGCAAGAUAAUUUAGUGAAACUUUGGGUGCAGAGCCAGAGUUCAAAGAAGUCAGACAGAUAAAGAAAAGAAGAAUGUUUGAGUGCGAGGGAGAUGAGCCUAUGUCAGAAUCUACCGAGCAAAAGUUACAACAAUAUUUAAGAUUUCCAUCAAGAAUACCAAAAGAAUAAUAGUUUGUGCAAAAAUAUGAGCAUUUUGUAAUGAUAUGUGCUUAUUUAUAAUUGAUUAUUCACUACAAAAAGAAAUAUUUCUUAUACGAUUUUAUUUAUUUCCUGACAGACCUAAAUUUUAUUAUAAUUUUCCUAAUGAUUUAUAGAUUAAAAAAUUAAAGUGGAAGAGCCUACAUCAUACUCAUCAAUCAUAUUUCUUUCACACAGAGUGAAAUAUUGUAUAGAUACUUACAUCAAAAAUAAAAACUCAAACCCUAGCAAACGAAAAAAAUUACGUAACUAAUAAUAAAAAAAUGUCUUUUUUAAAAGGCCUCGCAUAAAUAUGUUGCUCCAGGCCUCGCAUUUGCUAAGGACGGCUCUGUGUGCCCCCAGCCUCGCACAACCCCACUGUUUGCCCCUAUCUAAGCUGUUGAAAAUGUUCUCGUCUUGUUAGUCUAGGCAUAAUGGACAGAUUAAAGCAGGUUUUCACGACGUAUUGUACGAUGAUCAAGUUCCAAUUGUAGCUACAAAACACAACUAUUUACUUACUUUUUUUGUAAGAAUAGACGAUGUUACAUAAGUGACGUUAUCGAUAUGUUUGAAAAGCUGAUAAUUUUUUGUUCUAACCUAAACAAAGAUGUACCUAUACAAUCUCUGGAAUUAAUUUCAUUAUAGCGGGGUGUUAUUUUUCUAUGUCACUUAGUAUAUAUCUACAAAAAGGUAUUCAAAGGAACUUUGGGAUAUAAGUUUUAAAGUGGUAAGGUUUAAGUGAUGCGCAAAUUAAUUCUAUCACAAUAAUAGGCUUUAAAAGAAAAUCAUAAAUACAGAAAAAAACUGAAGUGACAUUAUUUGAAACAUGCAACGGAAUUGUGUACGAUAGAGGUUAUUACAUGUACCGAAAACAGUAUGCUGACAACUCAGAAUAUAUUCUUGCAAAGUAAGACACAUGGGCGCCCGCAAGAGCGUGCCAGAGGGCCGUGACCCUCUUCAGAAUUCGUUGAUCCUUAAAAUUUGCAUGUUCAGAAUGAUUUUGUAGAAUUUUGGUGGCAUCAAAAAGUUUUGGGGUACAUAUAACAUAUUUAUGCUCUUCAAAAAGUUUUGAGGCAGGUGCAGCUCCUGGACACCGUUGCUCUAACUAAAUCUCCUGAAUGAACACAAAUACUCGUAGCUUCACCCAGUUAUCAAUGAUUCAUCGAGCAAUGGACUGUUAGCAAAAUAUAACUGGUGGGCAACUCCAAAAUGCCUAACGAUGGCAGUGCCAGUAACUCUUUAGCAACUGGUCACGUUGCUGGCGCUUUGGUGCGAAUAUUUGUAUUUGAAUAAACAUACUUGUGCCGAGUCUGGUUGGCUUUGGGUUAGGAUUGCCAGUUGCUUUCGGUUCUUAAAAGGGUAAUUUAAAUGUCCUCAAUAUUCUUGACUAACGUAGAGAAGUUUGUAGCGAUAAGUGGAUUUGGUCCUAUGUAAUGGAGUAUCCUCGGUACUGUCCUGGAUACCUUAGACUCGUCAGUAUAGUGUUUUCAAAGUGACCUUAAACUCUUUCCAGAAAUGAUUUUGGGUCGGAAAGAAGGUCAUGUUACAUCUAAGGUACUUAGAAAUUUGAAGUAAGAACAAAUACAAUCUAAAUACUCUUGUGUAAGGAAUUUUCUAGUCAUUUGCCUACUGAUUCAAGGUAUUUAAAGUGAUACUUAGAUUAGUAUAAAAAUGUUAUAGCCAACAAGGCAGAAAUAGUUUAUAAGCACUUAUAGCAAGGACAUCUUAUAUGUCUCCAACUUUCGGAGCAUUCAUACGAGCUGAAAUGGGCUCAUUGUGCUUAGCGGGCAUUUACUUUUUUAUUACAAAAUUAGAGAGUUCGUUCAACAUUUUUGUAGUUUUAUAGGAUUGUGCCGUAAUCCUGGGGAAAGAUUUUUUGUAAUCCACCACCAAAAUAUGUUACGGACCUUUUUGAAAAAUGAAAGCUGAUUUAUAAUUUUUCGUUAUCCUUUGACUACCUGAAUGAUUCCAACAUAGUAUGUUGGUGACAGUUUUGGAGUGUAACUCGAACUCAUCUACACCUCAUAUAAUUUCAUUCAAUUUCUAGUGCAAGUUAGAAAAAAAUAAAAAUUAAACUCCGCAACGAACAUAUUUCCAUACGAACAUAUUUCAGCGGGUUUAUAAUGCUUUCUAAUGGUUUUAUUCAUUCUGUUUACAAUGCGCUUGAGAUUUCUUAUCAAACUUCUACGAUUUACUGCCAUACUAGAUCUGGAGCAUACUAAGCAAAUUUCACCGGAAAAGUCAGACUAGAAAACUUUAGGAACAUCCAAAAGGCAUUAAAUUGGUAGGAGUUACCUUUGUCUCCAACUUCAAGGAGCGCCAUAACAGCAUAUCAUAGCGUAACAUAUCACCUCAAGAGAAAUAUUUCAGGUAUACAAAAAUGUUGAAACUAUAUUCAGUAUAUUUCUUUUAUCUGGGCUUGCAGAUUUUUUGAAAAUAUAUCAGGCGUUAACACGUCAACAAUAGAUCAGGCAACAGUAUGGUUAUUGUUUUUAAUAAAUUUCAAAGAACUUCAGUUUGGUACGAAGUAAAUGAAUAGACAUACACAAAAUAUGAAAUACAAAAUUUGUCUUUUUAAUUUAAUGCAUAUAACAUGAUCUUCAUAUAUUUUAAACAUUUGGAGUGAUAUGUUCGGCUAAGAUCGUUCUUACUGUAAUAAUCUAUGUAAAUUACCUAAAAUCAAAAUUUGAUGCUUUUAUUGACGUUUCCUUGUGCGAAACAAAUAACAUAGUAACGAAAUAAAUGUAUUUUAUACUGUUGUAAAACCCUGGACUAUCACAUCGAAUUUUACACUAGUCUAUAGUUAGUUGGAUUAUAGACACUCGUUUAUCUCGAACUAUUGAUACACGGACGUAGAGUAUAAAAUGCCAUCAAAUGAUUUAUUUAUUAUAGUGUAUAUAACCUAUGAACAGUAUAUAAAUCAGCGGCUGUUGUAUCAGAAUACUAUAUAGCUGAAUUAGGACGGGAUAACUAAUUGACUAGUCAUUUAGAGUCAAUAUGGUUGAAAACAUACAUACUGUAAAUUUUGCGUCAAUGAUCCUCUAUAUAUGAAUUUUAACUUCCACUUACAUCUUUUUAAGUCACCAUGUUAUGAUGAACAUCUUCAAAUCAUAUUCAGUUGAACAUCACAAAAGUGUAACAUCUAAGCUAAGUGUCCGCACAUUUACAGGUUUUUGUUGGUGGAUCUCCUUUAAUAAAAUUUGGGAAGCGUGUGCUAUCGGCAAUUUCCUCUUAUCGGGUAUGUAUGCUAAUUUGUUUUAUCUAUUUCUUUUAAUUGUAACUUGUUGAAAAGUUAAAAUAGUCCAGAAAUUUAGUAAAUUAACGUCCCAAGAACUGUAUACCAAAAUAAAGUUCAGAAAAAAGGUAACCCAACCUAGUUUAAUUUUGGAGAGAUGGUACGUUUAACUUUUGCAUUUAUAAACACCCUAUACAGACGGUGAACACAAUUGAAAAAAUUUAAACAAGAGAAAGAUACUGAUAUGAGAUUUAUUUUGGAGUAUACCACUCUAUUUGCAAAACAUACGAGCUGCCGAAGUUAAGAGCUUUUUUAUAUCCUAUUUUAUAGCUAUAGGUAGGGAUAUAAGCCUAAUAGUAUGCUAUAAAAAACUUGCCUUUAAUUAUUUUGAAUAACUUUCUUAGAUAUAUUUUAUAAUUAUGGAGCUAUCCACCGACUACACAUUAAAAACUCACCCUGUAGAUAGUCUGCGUGAGUAUUAGGCUGCUAGAAAAACCGUCGUUGAUAUUUGAUAUCAGAAUUUGCAUAUACGGCCUACAAGAAUGUCUAUAGAGAUUGCAAUAGAUGCAUCAGAAGAAUUAAAUAUUGAUAUACAAUAUUUUUGCUAAUAGCAGAGACUCUCCUUCUGAAUUGUGCAAAAUCACACAGCCACAGCUCAUGAAGGUCAAAGUUAGAUUACGUCAGCUUCAAAAUUCGUAAGGAUGGAAGUAAAAUCAUUUGUUUUGUCUGGAUUCUUAAGUAAAAUCAAUAAGUAUGGUUGUUACGAGCAUGAAUAUGGUCUCGUUUUUAUUGAUCAAGAUUUCCUGUAAUCUAUUUGGUCCAUAGUAAGAGCGUACAUUUUGCACCGGGAUCUUGCACUAUAUUAGAAUAGCAAGAAGAAAGCGGUUUUGAGAGAAUUUAUAGUGGUUAUCACACUUCCUUCCUAUUUAAAUCCAGUCUUCCUAUCAUUUCUGUGGACGAUGCUCAGCUUGGUUGAAUCAAUAAGUUAUAGCAUAAUUAGGUCACAUUAUAAAAAAAAAUUGGGAGCCUUGCCAACACGAAGUGAUAGUGGAGCAUAGGAAAAUGCUUGUGUAAUACAUAGAAAUUGUAUUUGACAGAAAUCCUGAAAGAUUAUAUGUUAACGAGAAAUUCAAUACAAAGUUUAUAUCUAAUGCAAAUAAAAUGGCUAUUAUUGAUAAUCAAACAAAUUAAAA